GCGGCGUAAGGCGCAAAGGGUACACGGCCUCGGUCGGUUGCCGGGCAACCAGCGGCACCGGUGAGGUCACCUUUACGCCGGCUGCCUCCAUGGCGACGGGAGGCGGGGCGGCGCGGGGUGACGAGAGCGGGGGCGUGCUCGCGCCGGCCGCGCGCGCCUGUUGUUCCGCAGAGGCGAGAAGAUGGCGGCCGUGCCGAGCGGCGGAGCGGCCGGGAUAGCUCACCCGAACCGAGCCGCCUCGGCGGGCGGGGGGCAGCAGAGUCGUGCCCCGCUCUCCUCCGUGCUCAGCAGUCCGAGCCGGGCCCCACACAACAGCGGGAUCAACACCAACCCCAGCCACCUCCCCCCGAGCCGGGCCCCCCCGGCCCGUGUCGGAUACUACGAGAUCGAGAGGACCAUCGGGAAGGGGAACUUCGCUGUGGUCAAGCUGGCGACGCACAUCAUCACCCGGGCCAAGGUGGCCAUCAAGAUUGUGGACAAGACGCAGCUGGAUGAAGAGAACCUGAAGAAAAUAUUUCGAGAGGUUCAAAUCAUGAAAAUGCUACGCCAUCCACAUAUCAUCCGUUUAUAUCAGGUCAUGGAGACAGAACGCAUGAUCUACUUGGUGACUGAAUAUGCAAGUGGAGGAGAAAUAUUUGAUCAUCUUGUGGCUCAUGGGCGAAUGGCAGAGCGGGACGCCCGCAAGAAGUUCAAGCAGAUUGUAGCUGCUGUGCACUUCUGCCACUGCCACAACAUUGUCCAUCGAGACUUGAAAGCUGAAAAUCUGCUGCUGGAUGCCAACCUAAAUAUUAAGAUUGCAGAUUUUGGGUUUAGCAACCUGUUUUUGCCAGGGCAGCUGCUCAAGACAUGGUGUGGUAGCCCUCCAUAUGCGGCACCUGAACUUUUCGAGGGUAAAGAAUAUGAUGGGCCAAAAGUGGAUAUCUGGAGUCUUGGCGUUGUACUCUAUGUGCUGGUGUGUGGAGCACUCCCUUUUGAUGGCAGCACCCUUCAGAACCUGAGGGCAAGAGUACUGAGUGGCAAGUUCCGUAUCCCAUUUUUUAUGUCCACAGAAUGCGAGUACUUGAUUCGCCACAUGUUGGUCUUGGACCCCAGCAAGAGGCUAUCAAUGGAGCAGAUCUGUCGCCAUAAGUGGAUGAAGAUUGGGGACCCUGAUCCUGAGUUUGAGCAGCUCAUCAGCGAGUGUCAACAGCUAAAGACUGAACGGCAGAGUGAGCCCAUUAACGAACAGGUGCUCUUGACCAUGGUGGACAUGGGGCUGGACAGGGAGCGCACUCUGCAGUCCCUGCGUACAGAUGCCUAUGACCACUACAGUGCCAUAUACAGUCUGUUGUGUGAGAGGCUCAAGCGGCACAAGAGCAUAGCUUUUACACCGCCUGUUCUGCCUCGUACCCUUGGCUACCCAGCUGCAGGUUUGCAGACGGAGCAGCAGGGCAAUUCAGUCAGCAUCAGUGUGCCACAGGUUCAGCUCAUCAACCCAGAAAAUCAGAUUGUGGAGACGGAUGGUACCAUGGCACUUGACAGUGAUGAGGGGGAGGAACCUUCUCCAGAAGCCAUGGCACGUUACCUGUCCAUGCGUCGACACACUGUGGGUGUUGCUGAUCCACGUACUGAGGUUGCAGAAGACCUUCAGAAACUGGUGCCUGGAUUCCCAAGACUGGCACCGCAAACUCCAUUCAUGCCUCUCACAGCUCCAGUCACCCUCAUGCAGAACCUUGUCCCCAUGCAGAGUCUGCAGGCCACCACACAGCUGGAAUAUAAGGAGCAGUCUCUUCUUCAGCCCCCCACUCUCCAGCUCCUCAAUGGGAUGGGUCCUCUGGGUCGCAGAGCAUCUGAUGGAGGUGCCAACAUUCAACUGCACGCACAGCAACUGACAAAGAAGCCACGUGGGCAGUCGCCCCUGGUUACCAGCCCACACCCUAUUCCUGCAGUGGCCCCUGUGGACGAGGAGGCUUCAGAUGGUGAACCUGACCAAGAAGCUGUGCAGAGGUACCUGGCAAACCGGUCGAAGCGGCACACGCUGGCCCUGAUGAACCCGGCGGCUGAAAUUCCCCCUGACAUUCAGAGGGUGCUGGGCAUGCAGGCAUCCCGGCAGAGAGCGUGGGCGCAGCACGCAGUGGCGGAGCAGCAGCUACAGCAGCAUAGCCGGUCCAGCUACAAGGAUUGCAACACGUUGCACCUUCCCACAGAACGCUUCUCACCUGUGCGCAGGUUCUCUGAUGGUGCUGCCUCAAUACAAGCUUUCAAGGCCCACCUUGAGAAGGUGGCUGCCAAUAGCAGCAUCAAGCAGCUGCAGCAGGAGUGUGAGCGACUUCAAAAGAUGUAUGCGGCAUCGCUCAACGAGGAAGCUCUGGAGCACACGCAGCAGCAGCAUAUCCUCUACCAACAGGAACAGCAGCAGAUUCUGCAGCAGCACCUCCAGGAUAACAUGCGGCCCCCACAGCCGUCGCCGUCGUUGCAGGCCCUCUCCUUAGGACAGCACGGGGAGAACCAGCCGUCUGUUCUCACACACCAGCUGCAAAGGUUGCGAAUCCAGCCUUCUAGCCCCCCGCCAACCCAUCCCAGUAAUCACCUGUUCCGGCCCCCAAACCAGAGUCCACCUCCAGUGUCUGCUGGCCUCCUGCAGGGCCAUGGUGGAAUGCCCCCCUCUCAGUAUCAGGGUAUUACUUCCCAUCCCGCAGCCUUGUUCCAGCAGUCUAGAAGCAGCCCUCCACCGACAAAUUUACCUUGUGCUCCUGUGGCUCAGCAAGUAACCAUUCAAGUGCAAGAGGCAACGGAUCUGAACCCACGUGCAGCUGCCUCAUCUCACCUCAGCAUGCAACAGCGGCAGAACCUCAUGGCCACACUGGGCAUCCAAGGGCACCGAGCCUUGGGCAAGCAAUUGAGUGCGGACAGUGCUGAGGCUCACAGGAAUCCAGGCCGAUUCUCUUCUUCUGGCUAUGAGCAAACGCACCUGCACCCCUGUCUCUUCGCUGAGGGCUCUCGAGUGCCAGCUGGGACCUAUGCUGGCCAAGGCACAGGGCCAUUUUCUCAAGCGCCGUCGCUCAAAGUGCCCACGCUGGACCCCUACCAGAGCUUCCAGCAUCGGCAGCAGGGUGGCUAUGCGGCAGUGUCCACACUACAGCAGGCCCUGCUCUCUCCUACCCCGCCAGAGUACCGGCCAGCACAACAUGUCACCCAGACCCUACAGGGCCUUCUGUCACCACGCCAUUCGCUCACUGGCCAGGGUGAUCUGCGACUGCCCACUGCGGACUUGGCUCAACUUCUAAAGCGCCAGAGUGCUCGGCCACACCCCUCUCAGCACCAGGACUUGAAUGACUUGCUGCUGCUUCGCCAUGUGAGCCAAGGCGAUGGCACCCUGGGCACUUUCCAGCAGGGUCCAGACUCUUCCAACCCCUCCUACCAGCAGGCUCACCUACUUCAAAUCGGGGCAUCAGACUGCCAGAACUUCUCCCUUCAACCCUCAGAGAGCAUGGAGGAGGAAAGCUGCUUGCUAGUGGAGCCCCAAAACUUCCAGAAGGGGAAUGAGCAGGAAGGCUCGCUGCUGCUCAGCACUGCCCCAGUGCAUUGUGGGGACUCUGACACACUGCUGGGCUCCUCUCAGCCGGGGUACAGCAGAGAGCCAGUAACGAGGGAGUGUCUGGAAAGGAGGAGCCAUCGGCAGACCAUGGAAAUUCCUGACCAUAAUGGAGUAGGUUACCCGCCUCGACCCACAUCCAAUGAAUUGUUCCGGCCCCGGGGAUCUCUGCAGCGGCACCACACUAUUCAGAACUGCGAUGGCGCCUAUGACCAGGUGGAACCCAUGUCUGGGAUGAGCUUGCUGGCAGGAAAAGCACUGAGCUCUGCCCGCAUGUCCGACAUCAUCCUCAGUCAGUCUUCUCUUGCAGGAAGCCAGCAGCUCUGUGACCAGGAGGAAGAAGGAGGCCAGUUAGGUCCAGCAGAGCUGCAGGAGGGAAGCCAGAGCCUCAGCACUUCCUGCUACCCCUCGACUUGCACAUCUGACAUGCUGUUGAGCUACAAGCAUCCGGAUGUAUCCUACAGCAUGGAGCAGGCAGGGGUGUAGUGCCAAGGGGGAGCCACACCUUGAGCCCCAGAAGAUCCAUUUCAGCUGACAGUAUCUCGCAGCAUCAUGCCAAACAGCCAUCGUAUUUGUUUCUCGUGGGAUGGUCACGCCGCCGCCAUGUGUUACCGCCAUGUCUGCCUGCUGAGCGUUUCCAGGACAGAGUGAGAGAGUCUCGGAGGGGUGUGGAUGUCAGGACUUCACGGGACAAAAAGGAGCUCCUGCCCUCCCUGCUCAUCAGCUAAACAGGAUUUUCCCCCCAUCCCGUUGCUCGACUCCCGUGGAUAAGCACACACAACAUGCUGCCAUCCGCGCCAUGCCCUGGUGCAGGUGCGGCCGCUCCCAGGAACCCUCUCUGAAGCUGUGCCUCGGAGGAGCGGCCACGUGCUCCUUUACGGACAAAAGGGCCUUGGACUAGUGUGGACGCCUCUGGCCUGGCUAGCGGUCAGCGCUGAUGCCUGAGUGUGCCGCAGUGUGCUCCGCCACCUGCCUGUCUGCCAGCGUCCCCAGGUCAAUCCCGUGACCUCUGCUCACUAGACCUGCUUAGACUUUGUAAGCCUUUCCGAAUGACCUGAACCCGGCUUCUGGACUUUUCUACUGUUCUCCUUUUCCCGUUCCUGUAGGAAUUCUGAUUCUGAUUAUGAUGAUGAUGAUAAUUAUUAUUAUUAUUGUUACUCUGUUUUUUUGCGUAAAUGUUAUUAAAGAGGAAGUAUGUAUUUCACAA